GCAUUGGAUGCAACGGGUUGUAUCUAUUGCGAAUAAAAGAACGCACCUCACGAGUUCCUAGUGCGCACUCAGUUCUGUCCCAUGAAAAACACUAUAAGAGUUUGGUAGCAUUGCUGGACACGUCAAAAUCAGUCGAAGUUGACGUAAACAUGGAUGGUCAAUUAUUGGAACCUACAUUGUACACGGUGAAAGGAAUGGCGAUCCUCGAUAAUGAUGGCAAUCGAAUCCUAGCGAAAUAUUACGACCAAAAUGUCUUUCCUACAUCAAAAGAGCAGAAGACCUUCGAGAAGAACCUGUUCAACAAAACACACAGAGCUAAUGCUGAAAUUAUUAUGUUGGAUGGUUUAACAUGUGUUUACAGAAGUAAUGUAGAUUUGUUUUUCUAUGUCAUGGGCAGCUCACAUGAAAAUGAGUUGAUCUUAAUGAGUGUCCUAAACUGCUUAUAUGAUUCUGUUAGUCAAAUUCUUCGGAAGAACGUAGAAAAGAGAGCAGUUUUGGACAGCUUAGACAUAGUAAUGUUAGCGAUGGAUGAGAUUUGCGAUGGAGGUAUAAUUUUGGAUGCGGAUGCAACAAGUGUGGUACAGAGGGUAGCAUUACGAACGGAUGACAUUCCACUUGGGGAACAAACAGUAGCACAGGUACUACAAUCAGCCAAGGAACAACUUAAAUGGUCAUUAUUAAAAUAAAUAAUUUCUGUUUUUUUAUA